UGAAUUAUGUAAGAAUGUCGUUAGAAGUAUAUAAGUUCAAUCUUCGUGUUAUCGCUCAUAUGAGAAAAUCAGUAUUACAUGGAAAGAUAAGAAUGUGGAAAUGGGUUGGAACAGCCAUGCGCGCGUCGUGGUCGUGACUUGUCGAUCGAACUUCGUCGUACAACAAAACGUCGAUCUAUGACGUGUAUUGCAGUUGCAGCUAUUGUCUUCUAGCGUGUAGUAGUAUUUCUUUUAUUGAAAACAGUUGUCUCACAAGUAAUAUUUUCAAGCAACAUGUCGGAACCACAACAAAACCGUGUUUUAUCGAUUCAAAGUCACGUUGUGUCUGGUUAUGUCGGUAAUAAAAGUGCAACGUUCCCUCUACAGUUAUUGGGCUAUGAAGUUGAUGCGAUUAAUUCUGUUCAACUAUCCAACCAUACUGGAUACAAAGUGUUCAAGGGUCAAAUAUUGAACGACGAAGAUUUGGGAGUUUUAGCAGCUGGUUUGGCUGAAAAUGACUUGGACACCUACAGUCACUUGCUCACAGGCUACGUUGGUUCAGCCUCUUUUCUAAAGAAAAUAGCGCAGCUUGUUCCAUUGCUAAAGAAAAAGAAUCCCAACUUAAAAUACGUUUGUGAUCCUGUAAUGGGUGACAAUGGACACAUGUAUGUUCCAGAAGAACUCAAGGAUAUCUACAAGAAUCACAUUGUUCCCUUGGCAGACACCAUUACACCAAACCAAUUUGAAUUAGAGCUUCUGACAAAUGUGAAGAUUAGCUCGAUGGAAGAUUUGAAAAAAGCUAUAGAGGUUCUGCACAUCAUGGGCCCUAAGAUCAUUGCUGUCUCAUCGACAGAUUUGAAUAACAAACUCACAGCGGUUGUGAGCAACGUAAAAGAUAAGACAAAGAUAAGCAUCAAUAUUCCAAAAAUACCUGCAAUGUACACUGGAUCAGGAGAUCUUUUCGCUGCCUUGUUUCUCGCCCAUUCGGAUUCCAAGGACGUCAGAACAGCUUUGGAAAAAACGAUAAAUACGGUGCAUGGAGUUUUACAAAAAACUCACGAAUGUUGCUUGGAGAACAAAGACCAAAAGGCACAAUCUGCAAGAAAAAUUGAGCUUCGUCUCAUUCAGAGCAAGGCUAUCAUCGAAAAUCCACCAAAGAAACUUACUGCUGAAGUUUUGAUGUAACGAGAGCGAAUCAUUCGAGUCAUCUCUCAUUUACGUUGUUGGCGAUAAAAACAAAAUUUAUUCUAAUUGUGACCAAACGCAAUAGCAAGAAGCUCGCGUUGAACGCGAGGCAAUAUUGAUAGAUAAAUAUCCACAUGUGUUCAUUGUUGGUUCGAUCAAUUUCACUUUAUUGAAUAUUUUAUUUUUUAAUAUUUUGCAGUAAUUAAGCUGAAGCAAAGUGGAUUGUACAGACAGGCAUUUUCUUGAAAAAAAUACGUUAUUUUUGCCUGGCAAAUGUAAGAUUUCUCUUUUAUUUUUUUUAAAAAGUUCAAGAUCCCGAUUCUAUUGAUCCGAGAACUCGUUGAGAAUUUCUCACACUUUUUCAGUAACACACUUAUUUCAAUAAUGCAUUUUGAAAACUAAUUUUUCUCCGAAAAUACAUUAUUUUUUACUGGCAAAUGAAUGAUGGUUCUUUUUCGAAAGUCCAAGAUCUCAAUUCAGAUUCUUUGAUUUCGCUCUCGUAACCGUGAAUACUGCCUCAAUCGGGCUGAGCUCGUUCGAGAUUUUGACCUAUACGACCAAACAAAUCAGUCUUCCGAAAAAUAUCUUUUAAUCGUUGAUGUAAUAUGACGUCUGCUAUCGUAUAUGUUAAAUAUAUGGAAAUAUUUAUGCUACGUCUGGAACGCUGUUGUAAAAUAAUAUUAUAUAUCAAAAAAUGUAUUAAAAGUGUUAACUCAGC